AUGAGCACAAAUGGCUCGCAAUCGAAGUUGGAGCUUCCAAUUAGAAACGCUAUUUCCAGAAUCCAAUUUGCUCCUCACUCUAACAACCUUCUCAUUUCUUCUUGGGAUACUUGUCUUCGUUUAUACGAUUUCAACGCUUCAGUUCUCAGACUUGAAUCUCCUUCGGAAUUCGCUCUUCUCGAUUGUUGCUUCACAGGUGAAGAUACAGUUGCUUUCGCAGCUGAUUCUGGUGGAUUUAUCACAAGGUAUGACUUGUAUUCUGGAGUUGUUGAUCAAAUCGGUAAUCACGAUGACAUGGCAACAUGCAUUGGAUAUUCCAAUGAAACAUGUUUGUUAAUUACUUCGGGAUCUGACAACAAGUUAUUGUCAUGGGACGUUCGUACGAAGAAGGCUUCUUCAUUGUCGAGGAGUUUAGAUGAAGAGAUAGAAUCCAUGUCUGUCUCGGGGUUUAAGGUUACCGUAGGCAUUGAAGCAACUGCCCAUGUUUUUGAUUUACGAAACUUUGACAAACCAACUUUGUCAAUGGAGCCUUGUAGUGGUACACAAUUAAGAUGUGUCAGUUCGAUUCCUUAUGCAGAAGGAUUUGCAGCCGGAUCAAUGGAUGGACGAGUUGCAUUGCAUGUUUCAAAUUCAUCAAAUUUAAAUGACACUGGAUAUGCAUUCCGAUAUCAUCCGAAAUCAAAAGAUGGUCGGUACCAUUUGACAUCUAUAAAUGACAUUGCGUUCAGUCCACUUGUGUCUCGUGCAUUUGUCACCGGUAAUGAUGAGGGUUAUGUUUCCAUAUGGGAUGCUAGAAGUACGAAAAGACUGAUUGAGUUUCCAAAAUACUCAAAUAGUGUUGCAUCCUUAUCUUACAACCAUUCGGGAUGGCUUAUAGCUGUAGCAUCGAGUUAUACUUACCGAGAAGCAAAAGAAAAAAGAGUAGAGCCUCCUCAAGUGUUUAUACAUAAAGUAGACGACAUUAAUUUCGGAUCAAGUUCUGCAUGA